AUGCUCGACUCGCUCGUCAACCUCCCCAACCGGAUCCACGAGCGGCAGAGGGCUUUCCAGUCGGACCACCGCUUCGUCUACCAGAAGGUCCCUCGUGCGCGUCUGUACAUGACUGGAUUCAUGACCGUCUUUACCGUCGGCAUGCUCGGCAUCACCCACGGCAUCUACAAGAUGGCCAUCGGCAAGAAGAACUAA